AUGAGUAAGGCAAAGGUAGCUUUGCGCGAUAUUUCGCCAAUUUUGCAAAAACUAAGGAACUUUCUUCUUGGACGAGAGCAUACCACUGCUUUACGUUCCGAAGUGCUAAUUUCAGCCAGGACCCAGCCACAGCCUGAGAUACCUGAUGGAGUGUCACACAAGCAUGCUCAUAAUUACUAUUACACAAGGGAUGGUCGCCGUGAAGUGACACCUCCAUUGAAUGUUAGUCAACAACUUCUUGAAGCUAGCUCUGACAAAGGAGCCCCUAAAGCAGCAGUGAAUGUAUUCCGAACUCCUGGUAAACUUUACAAUUGGGAUAAACAUUACUAG